CAGACUCGCGUUGCUUAAGCUGUUUUUCCGCUCCGGUUUAUUCAAAAUAGUCUGAGAUUUAUCAAAGCGCUGCUGUUUUUGGCGGAAACAAAAACCUCACCGAUGUUUGGGUUAUUUAUUUUUGUCUCUCCGUGUGUUUUGUUGGAGUAAGUUGAAGAACUUUGGGACACAGUUUUUGGGAGGUGAGGGGAGAACCUGGGAUAAAGGAACGACCACAAACUGCCGCACACUGGCUGCGCUCACGUAGGCGGCUCGGAGUUUGGUUGGUACUGGAAAAGAAGCAGCACGACGCCAACUAAAACCAGCUCCCAGCCUCACGUCUUACAAAUGGAGCCAAGUCUGUUUGUGUUUUGAGUUUGUUUUUUACGGAGGCGUGUGGUCGCACAUUGCGCUCAGGUCUGCGAGAGGAAAAAAAAAAGAAGCGCAAACUGCUUCGCUGAAUAGUUCAGAGCGGGGCGACUGUCGUAACGGAGACAAGAUUUCAGUGAGGAUUUGGAGAAAAGUUUUCUGGUUCGAGUCUGGGCUGUGAAUUUGGCUGUUUGGCAGCUCUUCGCCUCUUUAAGGUUAGCACUCUGAAUGACCUGGUGCUGAUGCCCCAAAAUUCUGAAUGGAUUUCCAGUCACAGAAAAACCAACAGUUGUAGCUCCCUCAGCAGGAUGCUGAUGAGGCCAAGUAUACUUCUGUGUCUGGCUUUGUUUGCCCAAGUUUUAAACAUCCACUGCCGGCCUGCAAAUACUGAUGAAGUCUCUGCAGAGGUCCAGGCGGAGCUCUUUACCCUCUAUCUUGGGGACCGUCUUGAUCUGAGUUGCUCUUCACAAGACUCCAUCCAUUCUGUCAACUGGACCAAAAAUCAUAUGGCAGUAAUAGAUGGAGAACACACACACAUCCGCAACGGCCAACUUGAGAUUGAAACAGUGGAGCUGACAGACUCUGGUCUAUACGCAUGCACCACCUUCAGCAACCACAGUCUUUUCUUUAACGUCACAGUUGACAUCUUGGCUUCAUCUGAGGAUGAUGACGAUGAUGAGUCUUCAUCAGAAGAAGCAAAGCUCUUGGGCAGUCAAAAGCUGCUACCAAUGGCUCCACAGUGGGCUCAUCCAGAAAAAAUGGAGAAAAAGCUUCAUGCUGUCCCAGCCAGUAAGACUGUCAAGUUUCGAUGUCAAGCCAGUGGCAACCCAACUCCAACUUUGAAAUGGUAUAAGAAUGGCAAGGAGUUCAAGAGAGACCAUCGUAUCGGUGGAUUUAAGGUCCGUGACCAUGUGUGGACCAUCAUCAUGGAAUCUGUAGUGCCUUCUGACAAAGGAAACUACACCUGUGUAGUAGAAAACCAGUAUGGCAGCAUCAAUCACACCUACCAGCUUGAUGUAGUGGAACGCUCUCCACACAGGCCAAUUCUGCAGGCUGGUCUGCCAGCUAAUCGGACCGCUGUGGUGGGCAGUGAUGUGGAGUUUGAGUGCAAAGUGUUUAGUGAUCCUCAGCCGCAUAUUCAGUGGCUGAAGCAUAUUGAGGUUAACGGGAGCCGUGUUGGUCCUGACGGGUUACCAUACGUCCGUGUUCUCAAGCAUUCUGGUGUUAAUAGCUCGGAUACUCAGGUGCUGACCCUCUACAAUGUGACUGAAGAGGAGAGCGGAGAAUAUAUAUGUAAAGUGUCCAAUUAUAUAGGAGAGGCCAAUCAGUCAGCCUGGCUGACAGUCACCAGAUAUGAUUCCACAGCUGUCCCACACUAUCCUUCAGCCAAUCACACCUACUUGGAGGUGGUCAUCUACUGUGUGGGCUUCUUUUUCAUUGCUGUGAUGGUGGCCACUGCCGUUAUCAUCAAAAUUCGCAGUUCUUCCAAGAAGAGUGACUUUAACGGUCAGCUGGCUGUCCACAAGUUGGCCAAAAGCAUCCCUCUGCGCAAGCAGGUAACAGUGUCUGUGGAUUCCAGCUCCUCUGUGCACUCGGGAGUGAUGCUGGUUCGUCCUUCACGUCUGUCUUCCAGUGGCUCUCCAAUGCUUUCAGGUGUAUCUGAGUAUGAACUACCACAGGAUCCCCGCUGGGAGCUUUCCCGGGACAGACUGGUUCUUGGGAAGCCCCUAGGUGAAGGCUGUUUCGGUCAGGUUGUGAUGGGAGAAGUUCUGGGUCUUGACAAAGAGAAACCAAACCGUGUGACAAAGGUUGCAGUCAAAAUGCUGAAAUCUGAUGCUACAGAGAAAGACCUGUCUGACCUGAUUUCAGAGAUGGAGAUGAUGAAGAUCAUUGGAAAGCACAAGAACAUCAUUAAUCUACUGGGCGCCUGUACACAGGAUGGUCCUUUGUAUGUGAUUGUUGAAUACGCAUCUAAAGGCAACUUGCGAGAGUAUUUGCGAGCUCGACGCCCACCGGGUAUGGAGUACUGCUACAACCCUGACCAGGUUCCAGUGGAGAACAUGUCAAUAAAAGACCUGGUGUCCUGUGCCUACCAGGUAGCCCGAGGCAUGGAGUAUCUGGCUUCUAAGAAGUGCAUCCAUAGAGAUCUUGCUGCUCGUAAUGUUUUGGUUACUGAGGACAGCGUGAUGAAAAUUGCUGACUUUGGUCUGGCCAGAGAUAUCCAUCACAUUGAUUACUAUAAGAAAACCACCAAUGGUCGUUUACCAGUAAAGUGGAUGGCUCCCGAGGCCCUGUUCGACCGGAUAUACACACACCAAAGUGAUGUCUGGUCAUUUGGGGUGCUGCUGUGGGAGAUCUUCACACUGGGAGGCUCCCCGUACCCCGGUGUCCCUGUGGAAGAGCUAUUUAAGCUGCUGAAGGAAGGCCAUCGCAUGGACAAACCCUCCACGUGCACUCACGAGCUUUAUAUGAUGAUGAGGGACUGCUGGCAUGCUGUGCCUUCUCAGAGGCCCACAUUCAAGCAGCUGGUUGAAGAUCUGGAUCGCUCUCUGGCCAUGACAUCUAAUCAGGAAUAUUUGGAGCUGUCUGUACCGAUGGACCAUUAUUCCCCCAACUACCCCGAUACCCGCAGUUCCACCUGCUCCUCUGGUGAGGACUCUGUUUUCUCCCACGAUGCCGGUGCUGAGGAGCCCUGCUUGCCAAAGUUCCCUCCCCACUCCAACGGGGCAGCCAUUAAGAAACGCUGAUACCUCAUCCUCAUCCGGACAUGUUUUUUCUGCUCCUGCCUCAUGGGGUCGGACUCUUCCCCACAAUCCCAGAGAUGAAGCUAAAAACACUGGUGCUCUGUGAGAACUUGUUGGACUACAGGAACUGAAGAGUGCAACAGGUUUCUUGGUUACCAGCAGCGGCGCAGCUUCAGUGUUUAUGGGGCACUUUGUAUAUUUGGUGGGUGGCAGGAUAAACGCAGACUCCCACUCUUCUCUCCAUUUUGGGCAUUCCACGGGUUAACAGAAACAAAAAGACUGUUGUGAAACUUUUGUUUCAUCUCAUCCGUUGUCGUUUCAUCGCAGCAUUCCACUUUUCAGACCAAAUCCAGAGAAAAUACCCCAGAGGACAUACCUAUGUCACUCACCGUUUCCGUGUAAAUAGAGCUACAAAGUUAUAAAUAUGAAUAUAUAUAUAUAUAUUUCCAUGGUACUCUUUUUAUUUUUAACACCCUAAUAUUUUUGUGUACUACAAUACUUUUUGUUUGAUCUGUUUUGAAUAUAAUCUGUAGAGUGUUAAUCAUGGACAGUUUUCUUGCUUUAUCGCAGUACUUUCCAGAUUUGACUAUAACAGUUUACUGCCUAAUCAUUUUUUUGGGGGAGGGGGGGUGGCAUACUUUUUGUUUUACUUUGACAUAAAAAUGCUUUGUAUGACACAACUUGCAAUACCAUGUAAGCUGGUGUCUGAGGUUUCACACAUUUUGUGAAAAUGUGUGCGAGUGUGUGAAUCUGCGUGUGACAGCGUGUGUGUAGCGUUUUAUCAGAUCUCAUCAAAGCUUGAGUGUUGAUUAAUUGGAGGACAGUCAUGUGUAAAUAUGUCUGGUUUGUAAUCAGAUUUCUUGAGUCACGUGCACUUGCAGCAUGCGUGCUUUCCAUGUGAUGAACUUAUCUUUACUGUAAAUGCUUUAACAGGAGUUCACCUGCUGUCGAGUAACUUCUGAUGAAGGAUUGCAGGAUAUUUGUAUGUCAUCGUAAAAGGAUUACAUUAAAUAAAAUGCUAUUGGAAAAGCUU